UGCGCGAAGCUGGCAGAAUCAUCGAACGAGAGAGGAUACAGUCCUGCGUGUGUCGUUAUGUAAAAGAUAUUCCCACCGCCAUCCACCCCUCCGAGUUCCUUGAACGGCGAAGACUUCGCGUAGGGGCUGAUACAGUUGCGUUAGCAGUAUCGGAGUAGUACGCACACCAUAAAAGUGGCUGCAAGAAAGAUCAGUAAGCAAAACUGCCGGGCCACUCGAAGUGAAGCCGUGUCCGAUGUGUAAGUUCAAAUUGUGCUUCGAUCCAGUUCGUUGAGAGAAUUUUCAGCCAAUCUUCGAUGGAACUGCAAUUGGUCUUCUUCGCUUAUGUCGUGGAUACUAACGAACUUUACGACGUGCAAUUCAAACACAUUUCAUGGGGCCGCGUCCGUGGGGAAGGAAUAUGCUUAGGAUUAAAGGAAGUUCGCAUAAAAAUUCCGGAGGCUGUAAGGAAGGGUGAUUCAGCGAUAUUCGAAUGCUUGUAUGACACAGAGGGCGAUAUCCUCUAUGCCGUCAAGUGGUAUAAGGGUCGGAGAGAGUUUUACCGCUACACCCCCAACGAGAGCCCCGCAAUUAAGACAUUUCCAAUCGGCACUCUGAGUGUUAACAAAAACGAGAGUAACGCUAACCAAGUUACGGUUACUGGAUUAGACUUGGAUGCUGCAGGCACAUAUAGUUGCGAAGUGUCGGCUGAUGCACCUUCCUUUCAUACUGCAAUCGUUUCUGCAAAUAUGAAUGUUGUCGAAUUGCCGCGGAACCGUCCUUCCAUACACGGUAUGAAGCGAAAAUAUCGCGUGGGAGAUAUUUUGCGAGGAAAUUGUACUUCGGAUGGCAGUAAACCAGCCGCGAAUUUAACGUGGUAUAUUAACGACCGUCAGCCGUUGAGUUCGCAAACACGGUACUACAAUCCCCAAGAUUCGAAUAUUGCCGAUCAACAGUAUUCAGCAAUUGGAGUGCAAUUUCUCGUUACUCCGGAACACUUUGCCAGUGGAAAGCUGAAAGUGCGCUGCAGUGCGUCAAUAUACGAAUUGUACUGGCAAAGCACGGAAGUCAGUGCUGAGGAGGAUCGUCCAAGAGUGAGAAAUUUUGAGCCCGCUGCUACCAUAGUUGGAAUAAACUACCUUCAACCACCGCCGAACUUGCAAACGGGACAGAGAAAACCCGACGGCCAGGCGGAUGUCAAAGGUCGCAACCAUCCGAGCCAGACAAAGAGCACAAAAGAAGCUACAUGAAAUCUAAAACUAUUCGAGCAUAUUUAUCCAUCAGACUGCUGGACCGAAAAGUUCUAUUGUAUAGCGAGGAGUUUGGGCUGACUCAUUCAGCACAUUACGAUGAGCCUUCAUAGCGCGAAUAUUUCUGAUUCCCAUCCAAGAGAUCAGGCAUUCAUUAUUCAUUCGUAAGCUCGUUGAUCGAUUCGUGCGGUUGUUCAUAUAUU